GGCUGCACAGCUGGCAAUUUACAGACAAUAACCCUGUGAGGAGUAAUUGGCCGCUCGGUGGACCACUGUCCCGCAGAUUGGACUCAUUUGAUGAAGAAGAUGAAUUAGCAGAAGUCCUGGGAUAUUUAUCAAUCUUCUGGAACCGGGGGUUCAGCUUAUAAACUCCUGGAUCACCAAAAUCCAAGUCUGAGAUCCCCCCUUUCUCCACUGGAACCGUUAUAACCUCCUCAUACUGGACACAUAAGGUAAGACAUGUUUGUCAAUAGUUUGAGUUUUUAUUAAAGAAAAUGAAGAAAAAUGUAUGUAAGGAUCUUAAUUUAGCUACAAAACUAACAUUUUAAGUAUAUUUCAACAGUAAAACUUCUUCACUUACAAGAAUGAUGUUUUGGUGUGCUUUUGUAACCUUGUGAGGCACAUCCCAUCUGCAAGCAGUGCAUUUGUUCCACCUUAUUAACAUCUCAAACAAAGUCUUUGACUUUUAUAAUGCUUAAUAUAGCAAAAGAGUAGGUGUAAGCAGUGCAGCUACAGGACAGAAAAUUUAUCUCAAAAGCCAAAUAUUGACUUUGAAAAUAGUUGGAGGUGCAUUUACAGGAUUUCCCUUGACGCUGAAAAAGAUUCAGACACUUCCAAUUCUCAAAUGAAAAACCAAAAAAGUUCUAGUUUUGUUUAAUAAGAGAUAAUGAGUUAUUUAAAGCUCUUGUGAGGAAGUUUAAAUAGUCAAAAAACAGGCUGAAAUGAUCAGUGAUGCCCCUUUUGAGACCUACAAAUGCAGACUAGACUGUUAGAAAAAAGACUGACAAUUUGUUGUAUGAUUUUUAAUGCCUGAAACAGCUUUGAGGGGUCAAGUGUCAGACAAAAUGACUUCAAGCACAGUGAAUGAAAACACUGUCUUUUACUUUUUCCACAGAUCACCUUUCAGAGCUAGCAGAAAUGUGAUUUUUGUUUGGGCAGAAAACACUAAGUGUACAAGACAAGAUCAGGAAAGAGGUAUUAGUUUGUCUACAGGGGACGUCAAAGUAAACACAAACUGAAAUUUCUUCACUGGAGCUUUACAUUUUUGCAUUUUUGAUUGGUUUACAGUUUUUGACAAUUUUGGGUGGUAAUAAUGCUUUCUGAGGAUGCUCAGUAUUGUUAACCUAAUAUUGGUAUCAAUAGAGUAAAGCAGAGGAAGUUAAUCAUCAGUGUUGACAGAUAUGAUAUUCAGCUGAUAUUUACGGCUGAUAAUGUGAUGAUCAACAUUAGUUUUGACCUUAGUUUCAAACUGAGAGAGUACCAGCUCCCACAAGCAGCUUCUCUACAAAGUCACAUGACAAUUUCACAUAACUGGAACAGGAUUUACUCAAAGUGAUAUCAGUGAUUGAUGAAUCUCCUUAAGAUACCAUGAUAAACCUGAAUCCAGUUCUUUAAUGCUAGAAAUUUUUGUGCCUUUCUAAACUUCCUGAGUCAGAUUUGGGGUCCAAAACACAUCUAUAUUUCAUAAUUUUUUCAUUUCAAAUGGAGCACAAACAUAACUUUGUAGCAUGGCAACAGCGUAGGAGGCUUCUAGAGACUGAAGCUGAACCGAAGUGUUCCAGAUAGAGGCUGAAAUGUGGUUUUUCAAAGAAAAAAAAGAAGAAAGCCAUUGACUUCAUUGCACUUGAUAACCAGCCUGUCAGCAUAAAAUAGUCAGUUAAUGUCAUGAUUUAAAGAGCCUAAAAGACAAAGGAAUUGUCACACUAGCAGAAAAUAAACAUAAAAAUUGGAUAACAGAGCAAACCCAAAGUUGUUCUUAUUAAUCACUUUUAAGGGUCUGUCAUUAGAGAGUAGAAAGUGGUGCUGUUAAAUUUCACUGCUGAGUUUGGAAAAGACUACUCUCUUGUGUUUUGGUUUGGACUCCUCUUACUUAAUUAAGCGGAGAAGAAAACCAAUAAACUCUGGCUUCUCUUUCUUACAAUUUCCAGGAACUGCUUCUGACUUUCUCUCCAUUCGCAGUGACUUAGUUUGUACUUGGUCCUCCACAUAUUUGCUCUCAAACAGCAUCCAUCCCUACUUAAGAUCCUUCUGUCAUCCAUCUACUCUCUCUUGCUCAUGUUGACUGGUUUACAGAUAGAGUUUCACAGAGUUCCUCUGAGGUCAACAACAAUCUGCAGAAAGGUAUGAAAAUCUUUUCCUGUUGCCCACGCAGGGAGCUUUCACUCGCAGCUUGGUUCAGUCAACCAAAACCCAGCGAGGUACAGAGCUCUGGUAGUAAUUAGUAAACGGAUUCAGUGUGUUUUGGUGCACGCAUGCAUGUGGAGUCUCAGGUUUAGACUGACUGCUGAGCUGCUGCCUGGUUGUUAGAGCUUUUCACAGAUUAGUAUUAAGAAUCCUUGAUGGAGUGAUGGUCUUCCUCAUUCCUCUUCUGAACAGUAAGACACCAGAAGGAACAAGUGAGAAGAAAAUAUACAUAUUUUAUAAGCCCCAUUUUAUUUCAGCAACAGCUAACUGGUCCACAUGACCUCUGUGUGGGUCAGUAGAUUGAAUCAUCCAUCACAGUUUAAAGUAGGAGUUGACUAAUAUUAGUUUUUCACGUCCAAUACCGAUACUGGAAGUUUGGUAUUGGUCUGAACCCUAAAAAAUUUGUCUCAGUAAUUCAUGAGAUUUAGAACCUACAUUUGGGACCAAUCUACAUCGAUGGUUAAAAUGAAAAGUUAACCAGCUACACUUGCAGUACAGUCAAUUCACGCUGGUGCAUGUUGUGUGGCAUCUAGCAAAUCCAACAGUGCUGAGUGGGACGUUAGGAGGGAAAGACAUACCAGCAAAGGAGCCAAAAGUUGCUCACUUUUUAUUUAUUUUUGUUUGCCGUCUAUAAAAUUAAAGGCCGAUACAGACAGUUGACUAAAUGUGAACUAUCUGAGCUGAACAUCAGCUGUUCAACCUCAGAACCAAACAGAGCUGCUAAUGCGGCUGGGCGAUAAUCCGAAAAUUUACAGAUACCGAAAUUUACGACAAUAAUGGACAUCAUUUUGCCCAUAUCGGUAUUCUGUGUCAAAAAAAUAAAAGUUAGUUUUGGAUGUGUGUAGGUAGGCAAUGGUCUCAUGUUCCUUUAAGAUGAUAUCCUAUUUUGGAGACGUAACUCCACCCCAUCCAGUCUGUAACAAAGAGGGAAAGACAAAUGAGGAGAUGGAGGACGGUUCAUAGUUGUAGCAGCUGGAGUGGCGGCUGAAGUAGAGAAAGUUAAUGUGGGAGGGGGUGAGCAGCUUGUGGAGUAGUUAUCAUCCAUUUAUCAUUAUCGAAGUGAACUGCUCAAUAUAUCAUGAUAUUGAUUUGAGGCCUUAUCGCCCAGCCCUAGCUGCUGCAAUUCAUAAAUAUUAAUGUUAGUACUUGAUCUGUUGACUAUUCUUACAGUACACUUCUAGGUCAUUUGGAGGUAGCCCUACAGAUAUCUGCACAGAAAACACGGCACCACAUGACAUUAGUUUAAUCAUUGGUGCCUUGCUUUAAAAACCUCCUGCUGACUAAAGCGUAGUGUGUGUCCUUCCAUACACGUGACGCCGGACUCAGACGACGCAGUCAGUCUCAGACAUGUUUUGGAAAGUGCACCUUAAGUUUGCGGUCGCUGUACAAACACAUCACACUACUGUAUUUGUGUCUCUAGAAGAACAACCCCCCACUCACUAAGAGCAAAGAGGGGGUGAAGCUGUCAAGGUAUCAAUAGCAGGCUUAUGUUAGCAUUCAGGGUUUACCCGAGCUGUACAGGAAGGUUUAUGAGAGCAGAAGGAACACUGUGUGAGGAAAAGUGACUUAUUGUACCUCAAAGUAUGAAUGAAGAUCUACGCAGAGGAACAUGGUGAACGUGAGAGUCCACAGAGAAGAUGAGAACAUUUGUAAAAGUGUUAAUUUUAUGGUUUUAAUAAUAAUCGCCUCCAUCUCUGGGUCUGAUGGUGCGGUCAAUGAGGCCUGCAGGUUUCUAAUGUCCCCUGUCAUCCCUCUUCCCAACAUCAGAGUCGAGUAAACACUGACCAGAUGGUUCGAAUCAAACUGUCGGAGCAGCUCCACAUGGUCACAUCAAUCCUUCCUCCAUAUGCCGAGCAUAUUUUCAGCUGCUCCGUCUGAGCCCUCUCGGUCUCAGCUACAAAAAAAGAAAAAGACAAAGUAGUUUUCUGCAGAUCAGAGAGACUUUUAGGGGGAAAUAAGAUGUCUGUAGUCUUUCCUCUGGUAUUAUCUGAGCAGAAAGUAACAUUUAAACUAGACGUGUCCAGAAAUAGACAAUGUUAUUCUGGACAAACAGGCAUUUGAGUUUAAGCUCAAACAUCAACGUUUUUAGGAUAGAGCCCCGCAGUCGUUAGCUCAUUAGCGCAUGUCAAUCAAUCAAUCAAUCAAUCAAUCAAAUUUUAUUUAUAUAGCGCCGAUUCACAACAGUUGCCAUCCCAAGACGCUUUUCAAAGAACAAGAGCAGGUCUAGACCACGCUCAUUGUUUGAUGAAUUAUCAAGAACCAACCUAAGAUGGGUUUUGGCCCAUCUCAUCUAACAUGAGUAGCAGUGGCAAGAAAAAACUUCCAACUUGCAUGUGCACACUCAUCGUUUUUGUUUUUGAGACACACAGGGAUACACACACCCGCCUCCUCCUCCUGCUCCUCUCCCUGCUCUCCUCUCUCCACCUGUGGCUACCUGAUGGUUUGUGCAACAUGUUGCAGAUAGUCCAUCAAAGUUUAACUGUCAAAAUCUGAUAGAUCGCCCAGACCUCUCAGACUGUCUAACAUGGGUCUUCAGAUGUCAUGUCAAAGAUAAUCAGCCUCCUUUCUUCUAUCAGGUCUGCCUCCUCUCUGACUGUCUUCAGUCUUACCUGGAAACUAACGUAUACAUGAUGAUAGCCUUUUAGUCCACAUGUCUCAAAUUAGCAGCCCCUGUUUUUCUUUGACUUCUGAGUUGCUUUGUCUUUCAUGAAUUGUACAGUAGUGCCUUUAAAUGUGCUCUAUGAACAAAUCUGACAUGACUGUAAUCGUGUCCCCCAUGUCCAGAGGCUACAAUCCUUGCCUGGUUUGGAUCCCACCCAGAUGCCACUCUCUCCUCCCUGUCUCUGACUCUAAACUAAUCCAAUACAACAGAAAACAUGUUAGGUGUUAUCUAAAGCAUCUUGUAAAAAGGGCAAAAAUCAGAUUUAAUGAAAAGUUAUGUGCUGGGAACCAAUAAGCUUGAUUUCAAAAUCUUGUACUUGUCCUUUAGUGAUUGCGAUCUAUUUUUCUUUCGGAGUAAAGCCACAUUUGUGACCUUUGUCCCUGUUUCUUGGCUGCAGUCUCUGGUGUCUCUGGAUUCUGCACCUUAUUUGGUCUUUAAUUGACCUUUCAGAAUAAAUCCUCAGCAGGCCGCUAUGUCUUUCUUAUAUUUUCUAGACACAUAAUAAAUGAGAUCUACCUGAAAAUCUGUCUUUUAUGUCUCUCUCAAGCUGUCUCUCUUGUCUGUCUUUUCUUCACUCGCAGCUGAAAGAAUGGAGAAGUCAAGACCCAGGCCUCGGUUAGCGUUCAGCCUUCUGUUUGGGUUGUGGUUACCCUACUGUUUAGCCCAGACUACACCAUCAAGCACAGCCUCGCCAUCACCCACACCCACACCCACACCCUCCCCAUCCUCCCAGUCCCAGACUGAGCGGCUAAAGGUUAGACUGUCCGGAUACCCACGAAAACACAACGAGGGUCGGGUGGAGCUUUUCUACAAGGGAGAGUGGGGAACGAUCUGUGACGACGACUUUUCAAUAACAAACGCCAACGUGCUCUGUCGCCAGCUGGGCUUCGUCUCAGCCACGGCAUGGACUCACAGCGCCAAGUACGGCAAGGGACAAGGUGAGUGUGACCUUGAUAGUUUCUACCAACCAAUCAUCAUAGUAGGAUAAGAUAGUGCCCUGAGGCAUGUAAAGGAUUAUGUUUAUCUGAUCUGACUUAUGAUUGUCUGAAAAGGUAAACACACCUGCUGCACAUCAACAUUUAAACAUCAACAAACUUGUCAAACUUUUUGUCCAUACACAAACUUUUUUGACUUUUUACUGCAGCUUUUUCCUUAUUUCUUUUUUGAAUAACAGAUUUCUCAAAACUCGCCUGACAUUUCACUCCAAAAAGUGAACUUAUCAGCAUUAUUUUCCAUAUUUCACAGAUAUUUUAUUGACAAUUUGAUGCUCUUCCAACAUUUUUUGGAAGGCUUUUUCACACUUCACCAGAACUUAAUUGAUAUGAAAACAAUAUUUUCCUUUAUUUUAUCAGCAAUAUUAACAUUCGUACCUCUGCUCUGCUAAAAUUUAACACAAAAAUCUUUUUUUACUGAUUAUUUAUGAACACCUCACCAGCCGUUACAUUUGCUUCUCUGACAUUUCAACCCAAAAUGUUUAGUGAACACGUUUUUUUAGACAUCUGGCCAAUAUUUUCCCCAUAUUCUAUUCAUGACUUAAUAAGCUUAACUUUGCUUUUAUGACAUUAUUUAACACAUCACAAUGCAUUUUGGACUCUUAACCAACAUUUCACCAUGUUUAUUUAUAAUUUAUUAAUAAUACUGAAAUGUUGUGCAUGCUUCUCUAACAUUUUCCUACAUUUUAUUUACACAUCAACAACAUAUCAUUUGACCAAUAUUUUCCCUGUAGUAUACUUCUCAGUAUUUAUGACCUAGUGUUUGUAUUUGGAGCUUCUAGCUGGUUCCUCUGUCUAUCUUUUUACCUGGAAUAGCAGUAGCUGUCAUCGUUACUUACUAGAGCCUUAGCCAAGUGGACUGACAGCUCUCUGCAGGCCUGCGGGGUGUAGCUUGAGCUGCACUGACAGUCUGCUGCUUAUCCAGGAAAAAUCUGGCUGGACAACGUGCUGUGUCAUGGGGGAGAGAAGAGCAUCGAAUUCUGCAAGUCUCGAGGAUGGGGCAACAGCGACUGCACUCACGAUGAAGACGCUGGAGUGGUGUGCAAAGACGAGAGGAUUCCUGGCUUUGUGGACUCCAAUGUUAUUGAUGUAAGUUUUACCAAAAUACAUUUAAAGAGGCUGUGUAAUUUAGCUGCAGUUAAGAUAACACCCAGAGUUCAUUUAGUAGCCUUUACAAGCCCAUAAAGGCUGUUAUGUGCUAACUGCUGGUUCACAGCCUAUAGUCUGUAUGCUCAAACCCACAUGGAAGACAUGCAACGCCUCAGUGCAGCUCCACCUGUAGCUGCUGGACACAUGGUACUGAUAAGCUCCGCUCUAUACCAUGUGUUGGAACAUGUUGAAAGCAGCAGCCUCUCAAAGUUUAUUGUCCUGAGGUGAUGCAGAGUCUGCAGUAAACUCGACGACUUCCAUAGUUGGUUGACUACAGGGUGGCAGAGAAGAGCAGGGUCAUGACCUCAGGGUCAGAGGUUCAUUUGUGAAACUCUGCUCCUUUUGCCUGAUCUCAGAAACAAAAGGAAACAAAACAAAACAGUGGUUUCUAUCAGGUUUCUAAUAGCUAAAGAGAUUUUGUUUGACCUUGGUUUUCUCCUGUUUUGUGGCUAGUCAGGGAGUUUAGAAUUGGAUUUAGAUUUUGGUACAGACAGGUAAGGGGUGAUCUUUUGUGGUUAGAUUUGGGAUUUUUGUUUUUUACGUUCCCUGAGGUCAAUUCUUCCAUUUGAGGUUUUCACCAGACAAUUCUUUGUCCUUUGCUCACAACUUGAUUAACUGGUUUAGUUUUGUUAUAGUUUUUAUUCUCAAAAUUUUUGGUGUUCUACCUCGAGAGUUUUCUUUUGUUAGCUUUACUUGUUUAAUUCUAACGGGGGCGGAGUCACGGAGUUGCACAAAGUCAAUUUUAAGAGUUUUCCGGGUCGGAUCAAGUGUCUUUUGUGUGUUUCUAACUCAGUAGUCCAGUCCACGUGACACAAAAUCGAAACUUACAUACAAAGCCGCGGACAUUUGAAGGAUUUUAUAAACUCCCCUGGACAACCUGGACAGUGCCCAAAAAAGAGGACAUGUCCAGGCAAAAGAGGACAUAUGGUCACCCUACUAGAUUUUAAGAAGGUUGAAAUAACAAAGGACAGUUAGAUUGGCCUCUCUGACCUCUGGUGGAGGUAUUCAGGGGGAGUUUUUGUCCACAUACUCACGGGUGGGAAUGAUGUGAAGCAGAUCAAGUGUACUCGGUAAACCCUUCCUGUGUAAACACCCCCGAGGGAAACUUUGAAUUGGACUCUGAAGAAGCUCUGUUGGGAUGGGACUCUCAAGAGUUUACCUCUUUGGAGCGGGCUGUCAUUUUUCCAUUUGUCCUCUUUGAUGUCUGUUCGUGUGGCUGACCAGUCCGAGGUGAACAAGGUUAGACCGGGAGCUCUCCUCCUCAGACCACUGCAGACGGCUCCAGCAGCUGAAUAAUGCGGCUCUGUUGUAAAAAAGGGACAUCAUUAGAUUAAGAGUUUUCAUUCGAGGGCAGACUUUUAGAUACGAUCACUCCGUCUGACUGCUGCUGGGAGUCGAGCUCGGUCAGAUGUGGCCUCCAGACUCCCUUUAGACCACAGCCAUUUCUUUUCCAAAUAAAACCAAACGGAAGUGACUCAUUCCAACUCUGGUGAUCGCAGACGGUCACGUUUACCACUCAUGAGUUGUUAGUGAGAGCGUUUGACCCAAAUUACUCUCCAUGAUGGCUCUGACUCAGUGUUCAGUCUGCUUCUCUCAUUCAGGAGUCUCAUAGAAACGUGCCUGAGUGAGCACAUGUCUGUACGUGGGAGAAAUUGUAAGAGGGAGAAUGACCAAAAUAACCCUCAUAGUUUCAGUUACUUUAAAUCUGCGGCAAAUUUUAAUCUUAUUUCACAAAGAAACUUCAUUUUCUAUGUCUGAUUGUCUCUGCUGCACAGGCCAUUGUGGAUGAGAACAGUAUAGAGGCGGUGCGGCUCCGGCCCGUGGUCGCCAUGGCCAGAAAGAAGAUGCCCAUCACGGAGGGUGUGGUGGAGGUGAAAUACAAGGACGGCUGGGCGCAGAUCUGCGAUCAGGGCUGGACCAUCAAAAACACCCGUGUGGUCUGCGGCAUGUUGGGAUUCCCACAUGAGAGGAAAGUCAACAAGAACUUCUACAAGUAAGUUCUCGACUUCAGACUAAAGUCAUGCAGGUUUUCAUGAGUGGGUGGAUUGUUUAGGUCAGUCUGCCAUCUUUUAUAACAAAGGAAAGCGAGGGACGAGAGGAGAGAGUCGUCUGCUGCUGUUUUAGAGAAAGUGUGGACAUUACCAUCGAGUUUGGAUUAAUGUUUUCCCUGUGGACGUCUGCAUAUCUGGCACCAAAAGAGAGAAAACCAUACAUCCACACUCUCUUAUUAAAUGGAAACAGAUAGCAGCUUUUCGACGUGGCAUCUGAAUGGUACAGCUUGAGGAGGUAGAGAAUAUACUCACCUGAUUUCUGCAGAGAAAGAGAUGCAAAGGAGGGAAAAACAGCAUUUUAAUAAGUAGCCAUGGAAGCUGUUUACCUCUCAUUCUUGUCUUUAUUUUAAACUAGACGAUUGAGGUUUCUUUAUAUUUAACAAACAUAUGAAGAAUGAUGUCAAGGUUGUUAUGGAGCCAGGUGCAUUAUCUUCAUUUUCCGUUGAAUCAGACUGCCUUCAACUGUAAACUGUGUAACCUGGAAACAGUUUUAAUGGACCUAAAAGGUUCCCUCAGUCUGCUGUGGGUAAAAAGACGCAGACGUACUUAUAAAAAAGUGAGAACUAUAUCUGCUUUUAGACCAAACAGUUCUGAGGCUUUUUAUCCAAUCCAAUCCACUUUAUUUAUAUAGCCCAUUUAAAAAAACAUUCAAGUUUACCAAAGUGCUGCACAAUAAAAUUAAAAGAAGAAAUACUGCAAAAACACUGCAGAAAACAAUAUUAAAAAGGAACCAUCCUCUAAAGAGCUGAACACGAUGGGGGCGUUUUUCUGUCUCCAAAUACUUAUCAGGGACCAAUCUAAGACUACCUUUACACGUGCCUGGCUAUUUUCGUUUACAAAAAAAACUGCGUGCACACCACUAUGUUUUCAGAAAAGUUUUCAUUUAUGCUAAUCCGUGUAUAUAUGCCGUCAAGAGCAUGCCAAACCUGUAGGUGGCAGUGUAGCGAGAAGCUCAAGCCCACGUUAGCCAAUCAGAAUCUGUCUGAGCAGGCAGGGUGGAACAGCACAGUGUGUGUUUAUGUGCAUGUCUGUGUGUGUGUGUUUCAAUGCUGUGCCUCUUGCACUUCUGCAAAGCUGUCAAUCACAGACUGGGACACCAAUAUUACGCACAUGCAGAGUUCAGUCUGCAAGUAUAAAGGUGCAGUGAAGGUGGAACUUAGAGACAAUUGCAUUUCAUAAGCGGCUAAUUGCUUUUCUUAAUGCAAUGCCAAAUCAAAUCACAGCUCCUCUCAGGACCCUUUACCUAAAAAGAAGGCCUACAUAAGCUCUUUGUAGUAUCCGACCAUACAUACUCAGAUGUAAAGAAGCUGAAAUGAAAUGCAGGCAGCACUGAAAGUCCCUGCAAUCCCUCUGGGGCCGAAUCAAUGUCCUACUAAAAUGUUUUAAGACUCUGGGGCCUGUAGGGGAGAGACACUGAGUUCAUCCAAAGUUUGUGCAGCAGAAAUGUGGCGUGUGUUUCCCAUCUCCAGAGGCAACAGUUUGACCAGAUCAGAAGCAGGACUUUGGUCCUUUUGGUGGAAACUGACGGUUAUAAGAGCUGCUAAUGUGGGUGUUAAUUUUUUCCACUGUGCAGCUUGACAACAGUCCACAUGAUGGAAAUCAAAGCAUCUGGAUGCGACCAUGAUUGUUCUCCUCUGUUCCUUAUUUCUUCUCUCUGAAGUUGUUUUUGUUUUUCCUGACAUGACAGCAGCUGUGAUUCGGUGUCCCUGCAGGGUCACAUAUUUCAUGUCCUCUGUCUUUGUUCAUGAAUUAGCACAGGAAGUUAAAGUGAUUGUUAACCACUGCCAGAGAUGGAAAAGUAAGAGUCCAAGUGUUUGUCUUCUGUGGUUUCUGAGAGGACAUGAGCUGGCCGGUGGGUUAUUUAGUAGUUGAUUUUAUUAUCAUCAUCUGUCUCAGUCAGUUUUUGAGAUGAGUACAAGUUAAAAAUUUCUGUUUCUAUUUUCUAGAAAAUUACUACCAUAAAUACCAAGAGGUGCAUGGACGAGGAAGAAGCACAAACAUCUAGUUUGUCCGAUGAAGGUCCAGAACUUGUGCUACCAAAUUAGAGUGUGAGGGAAUUUGUUGACUAAAUUAAUUGGAUAUGAAAAUUUGAUUCAAGACUUUAAAGACCCAUUCCGAUGAAAAUCAAGUUUUUCUUGUUACCUACAUGUUAAUAUGGCGUUUUCCUGAAAACUUAAGUACUCUGCACUCAAAUCGCUGUGAACCUCUGAUAGACCCAAACGGCAGGUUCAGAGACAGUGAGAUUUCCUAUGUCACAGAUCCAGGCUCCGCCCCCAGAGCCCCACUCUGCAGGCCAGACUCAGAGAAGUAGAGAGGAUGAUUUCGGAACAACCGUGUGCGUUAGCGGAUUGCAGUGCUCACAAGAAAGCUAAUCAGCUGCGAUGUUACCUGUUUAUUUUACUACAACAGCAAUAUUAGGCUACAAGCUAGCGUGAAGAGGAGUGUGCAGAGCAGUGCCGUCUCCACCCCCGACUCAGAGGUGAAUUUCUAAUGAGCUACUGGAGCUCUGCAGAAGAAAAGUCCUUAAAAAUGACACAGGUAGCGAGAUUUUGGCAAGUUAUGGUUUUUGCUGCAUCAUUGUUUUUGUUUCACCUCAAAUGAUGGAAAAUUGGAGAAAAUCAAACGAUCAGUCGUGCAGUUACAUCACCUAAGUUCACACUGCUCUCCUGCAGUAACAGUGGACUUUCAGACCCCCACUCUCUUUUCCCAGUUCGCCCCUCCAGUAUGACUGCACACAUUCCUGGCUGCGUUCCAGCUCAAGGCGUCUUAUUCAUCCUCUGCAGAUGGUUCUCAGUAGUUCGAGGGGAAAUGUGUGUUUUCUCUCAAGAGUGUGUGAAGGCUGAGGCUCAGGGGAAUAGUCCGGGGUUGGGGUUUGUUCUCUGUUGUCUCUUCUGUUUUAGUCUUUUCAUUCAGUAUGUGUGAGUGAGUGAAGGAAGGGCUGAAGACAGACAACCAGCUUUUCACCAUGAGAACGAAAAAUGAAGGUAGUAGGGCUGGGCGAUAAACCGAAAAUUUACAGAUACCAAAAUUCACGACAAUACAAAAAAAAUUGAUUCGUAAUAUUCCUCCAACAUGUAAAAACUGGCAUAAAUAUGCAGACAAUGCACAUUAAGUAAGACUAACUAUUGUCCUUCUCUUCACAUAAGGGGUUAAAUUUUAAUUUCUACACCUAGAUUGUCUGUUGUUUAAUAAAGCAUUAUAACCAAUGAAUGACACGGGCAGUUAUUCAAGCCUUUAGAGCAUAACGGAAAAAGGAAACGGCUGUAAGGGAUGAUCAAAUGCGGUUUUAUUGCAAACAGAGGUAUCAACCAGAGCGGGAAUUUCACAGAGGCUCGGGAAACCAUCGGAGACAUGUUCACCGUGACCCUCAAAAUACUGUAUGACCUGAAGUCACUGUGGCCUUGAUGCCCCUUUUUUAUCUUCUCAACCUUCUUCUAAUCCUGCAAAUGUGUCACACGAAACAGUUCACAUCCGCUACUGACAGUGAGAUUUAUUCAAAUGGUAGUCAUAGUGCUGAAUUCUGAUUGUCCACUGAAGACCUGCAGUCUGUAACAUAACAUCGUAGGGACUUGAGGAAUGUCAGAAAUGUUAUUCACCCCUGACCCUUCAGUGCUGUACCUGAAUGAAGUGUGUGUGCGCAGCCCAGAGACGUGAGAGUACAUACUAUAUGCAGCCUGUGUGUGUUUACAUGUAGUCUCUCUCCUGUGUGUGAUGGAAUUUGGCUGUCUCACUGUUGCAGACGUCUGAAAAAGCGAGCGGCUGAGAAGGUGUCCAGGCCAAAGGUUAAUGUUUCAGCUGGUGGAAGGUACACUGUGAGAGAGAGAGAGAGAAACCCACCGUCCACCUCCGCCUGAACUGUAGCCUGACAGUGGGUUUCCUGUUGGAGUAGAAUUUAACCCGUUAGCUCCUGGUUCUGGUUGGAUUUCCCUCUCUUAGAGCGUGUUUUACGAUGCGCAGCAUGUGAAUGGUUUUUAGAUUUCUUCCACUCUCCAGGGUUGCAUUUGGUGAAGGUUCUGUUCACUUCUUGCUUGUUUCUUGCUGAGCCAACCGAGGGCAGAAGCACCUCUUAAUUGUUCAUAUUUCUUUACCGUAAUGACCUGAUAAUGAGACAACCCCCACACAUUUUUAGGAAAAGAAUUUAAGCAGUUUUUAUAUUAUGAAACAGAUGCAAUAAAUAAAACAAGGUAAGAAAAUAGUUUUGACAACAACUUUUACAGGUUAGCUGAUUGCAGAUACAGCCUCUGAUUGGUUAGUAAACCAAAACAAAGAGUCAGUUAACAGGAGAAAUGACACUGUUUCACUAAAACUGAUCCAUUAUUUCCUUUGUUUUUUGGGAGGGAUUGGAUCUGUCCAGUCUCUAAAGAUAAACUUAUCUUUUCUAUGGGAUAGAGAGAGACCCCUGAAUGUCACAUAAACACAGAUAUUUGCUUAAGAGCUGGCGAACUCACGAAGCGAGUAGAUUUUACAGUAAGUCGCCACAUUCUACCAUUGGUAUUGUAAAUGCAACAGUAUAAAGUCACAUACAGUGUCAGGGUAUUGUCACUAAACCUAAACUAUAAGACAAUCCCAUGUUUUCAUUCGUUUUUCAAAAUUUGUCUCAUAUUAGGGUCAUUACGGUAUUUCAAGUGUUACUAAAUUCAAAAGGUGCUGAAAAUUUUGCAGCUUUUCUCCCAACCAAAAACAACCUCACUGAAGUGAUUUAUUAUCUAGACUUUGUAAAGCCCUUUUUGAUUGGACAGUUUUGUGAAUCUGUACUUUGCAACUAACUGGAAGUAUCUAUCUAUCAAGUUAGUAUCUCUCUUGUGAAAUUUAACCCCAUUCAACACAAUGGCAUGCUUUUUGGGAGAGGCUUGAUGCUUUAAAACUUAUUUUUCACAGGCCUCAGGCUCCAUGAGAAAAGAACAGACCAGUGUUAGGUUGAAGCUCCUUAGAUGAUUAUAAAAUGCAGAAUCUUCUCCAGUUGAUGACUCAAGUUUGGAGUUGGGUAACAAAAUACUUAAAACUCUACUGAAGAUGUUGAAGAGCACACACUCUAGCAGACUUUGUGCAGCUUUGUGUGAUAUUACAAAAGUAGCACCAUGCUUUUACUAUCACAUCAACAUUUUAUUAUCGUCCUCUUAAAUCAAAAAGCAAUGCCAUGAUGACUCAACACAAAACAGUGUGGUACCUCGAGGUUCACAUCGUUCAAAACAAGGGGAACGUAGUUGUUACUAACAGAUAUGUGAUCACAGUUUACUUUGAGUAAACUUUAGGCCAAAAGUAUGUGGACACACAACCAGUUUGAACUCACUCGGUUCACUUUAAGUUAAAAUGAAGUUGAGUCAGCUCUUACCUCCUCAGUGCAACCCCGAAGAUAAGCAGAUGUAAGCAAAAAAAUGAUGAUGAUAUUUUCAAAAAAUUAAUAAACUUUCAACGAGAAAAAAGACCAGCUGCGUUGGAAACUGUGUUUCAGUCGGCUGCAGUUGUUUUUGUAAAUUUUUAUCAUUAAGUUUUUUUUCUUGCAAGUGCUGACAUUUUUUAUGCUUACUCAUGAAACUUUUUCAAAAUGACUCCAAACUGAAAGCUGUAAAAAUUUUAUCUAAAAUUAAAGCUCCUGUGAGAAACUUUAAAUUUGUUUAUAUUCGUGUGCCCCCUUGUGGACAAAGCAAUAACUAUAGCAGCUUUAGACAUCACACACAGAUCUUUGAAGAAAGGAGAAGUCUUAUCACUGAUGGUUCUGUUUGUCAUAAAGCAUAAUCAGUAUUAAUUUCAGUCUGUUUUAUUUACAGAUUUAAAAAAAAAAAAACCUCACAGGAGCUUUAAAUGGUAAUUGUCUUAUAAUAGAAAAGCCUCUCAUCAGACAGUGUGAAAAAGUGUUCGUCCAACUACUUUUGGCUGCACAUAUGGAAAAACUAAAAGCCCAAAUGAUCUGUUUGUUUGUUUGUCCAGGUGCUUUUGUAAAGGAUGUGUCACUUUAAACAAACUAAUCUUCUAAAUAUAACUAUAGAUAUAACUACAGUAGAGAUUAUAGCUUAUGUGCGUUAAAGCAGACACAUCCUUUCAAACAGUGUGAUUAAACUUCAUGUUGUCUCGCUAUGAUUUCUCACUUUGUUCCUUUGUCUCUUGUCCUACCUUGUGUUGUCUAACCCGUGUUUACAUUUUCAGGCCAGCACCCAAAGCUAAACCUAACUCUAAGUCUAAACAGAGCAGCCCUGGCAAAAGGUAAUCUGAGGAUAAACUAUUCAGUGGGUUGAUUUAAAGCGGUUUACAAAGACCCACACACAUGCUGCAUCCAAAAAACUUUAAAAGUUUACACCGAUAAGAAAGUUUGCGGGGGGCUCUGAAAAAGUUUUGGAUGUGCAGAAGAAGAGAAAUAGUUUAUUCUGUGGAAAAAAACAACAACCAUCCUCUCUAGUGUGAGCACCUGUCUUACACAUGAGUCCAGUUUGAAAGAACAUACAGAAUUUUUUAGACAAAAAUCUACCUUGUAAAAAAAGUUAUAAGGUGAUGUAGACGUUACUAUAUGCCCUAUGAAUAUAUGCAUGUUCUGAGCAAAUUAUUUCACCUUUUUUGUCAGUUAAAGCAGCAUAAAAAUUAACUUUAUGUGAAAAAGUUGGAGGUCAUGAACAGUUUUACCUUCAUUUAGAUAUAAAACAAUCGUACUUAUGUGUACGUCUUUAAAAUUGUACAAUAAUGUGAGAUUCAAGCACCUCUAAUGUUGUCCGUGCUCACCUGUCUCCACCUCCUGCAGGUUGUACUUGGAGCGUCAGAAGAACUACUUCCACGUUCACUCUGUGGCGUGUACAGGUACAGAGGUCCACCUGGCCGCCUGCCCCCUGGAGUUCAGCAAACGCAACGCGACCUCCACCUGCCAGGGCGGGAUGGCGGCGGUUGUCAGCUGCAUGCCCGGGCCGCAGUUCAUGCAAAGCAGUAGCUUAAAAAAGAAACUCAAGAUUUCGGUAACUUUGUCUUUGUCUGAAACUCAUGUAGAUGUUUCCUUUUGGUUUAAAUGUGGGAAAACUGGUCAAUUAUUAAUUAUUGAAUUUAUCACUCAGAUGUAGAUUUUUAUAUGGUUUUGUGUGUCUGCCUGUUUAUCUAGGGUAACGUGAGGCUGAAGGGAGGAGCAAAGCUGGGCGAGGGUCGGGUGGAGGUGCUGAAAGGAAACGAAUGGGGGACGGUUUGUGACGAUCGCUGGAACCUGCAGUCAGCCAGCGUUGUCUGCAGGGAGCUCGGCUUCGGCAGCGCCAAGGAGGCUCUGACAGGAGGCCGUAUGGGACAAGGUAAAGACAAAAGACAGGAGUGUGUUGGUUUGUUUGGUGAAGAGAUUUUUAUGUGAAACUGAAUCCCCCAAACUCCCGACCAAAGGCAGGAUGUGUUUGUUACUCUCAUUAGGGCAGGAGUUCAAUCGUCAGCCGUCCAUCUGCAGCCUGUUUUUAUCUCUCAGGUCAUCUUUUGACCUCAGAGCACUCACUAUCUCUCCUCUACAAGCUCACAUUCCUCUGCAGAUCCUUCGGUGAGAACGCUUGUUUUAAUAAGUGAAGGAAUGUAGAGCAUGACGAAAUAAAAAGACACAAGAGGAGAACAGUUUUUUACAGCCAACCAAUGAACUUUUGGUGGUUUUGUUAAGAUGCAGCGAUAAUUAGAAACAAAUCUUGGAGAACCAUCAAGGUUUAAAACUUUCUUUUCUGUCUUUUUUGUGUUAUUUUGAUUCAGACGUUUUUCAGGCCAGAAAACCAUGUGUGUUUUUCCAGUGAGACCACGGUGUACGAGUCUGUCGUGUUCUUAAGCACACCUGGUCUUGGCAUUAGUAGCUAUAAAUCACCAGAUGAUUGAAAAUGAGAUACUUCACACCAGAGUCUUUAAAAUCAGGUGCCAGAUAGCUGAAUUUUCAAAGAACAGCUGAUUAACCUCAGCGCGAAGCUGACAGUGUUUAAAAAAAGCCUAAUUAUUUCAAAUUCCACUUUUUAUCCAUCACAGCUUUGAGAUGACACUCCUCCACUUUUCGUUUUUCUUGGACGCUCAAACUCUCACACAUUUCACACACUUAUCAUAUUAAUUUCCUCCGUUGGCUGAAAACUGAACAGAUAUUUGGCAGAAAAAGACAAACUGACUCAGAAUUUCCCGCUGAAGUAUGAAAGCAGCCUGGGAGGUAUUUGGAGCUCAGAGCAGCUGUGUUCAGCAAACUUUUAACAGCUAGAAUGAAACACCAAAGUUAGUUAGCAAGGAAAUGUAACUCUGCAGGAAGAAUUUUGGUUCUUAAAUAAAUAUUUUUCUGUGUUUUUGCCAAAGUAAACCAUCCGCUUGUUUGGAGUUCGUUUAAUUCCUGCUCUCUUUGCACCCAAACUGAAAAGCAAGAAGGGGCGUGACUUCUGAUAUCAGUGCUGUCAAAAACAGAGAAGAAGAAAAAAGGGGAAACUAACCAGAUUCUCCUUUUUCCCUUUUUUUGAGGUUCAUAAUCUCACACUUGAUGCUGUCAGUGUACACAGGCCCUAAUUAGGAAAGCUAUUUUUACAUAUAUGGUAGAAACACGAGCGUUGUUUGAGCUCUGUCAUGUCAGUCAGAAUAAAAAGUGCAGGAUAAAUAUUCAAAUAUUUAUUUUCCUGUGUGUGUGUUUCCUCAAUGGUUGUUCCAUUCAAGGACGUGGAGGUGUGCGCAGAUUUUCGGUGCCUGAAAUUCCACCAAAGUGGAAACAAGCGGCCUUUUGAGCUGCCGUUCUCAGAAACGCUGGGUGGGGAUGUCUGCUCUCGUGUUUGUACUUUUUCGAUCUUUACCACAGAGGAAGUCGGUGGAGGAGGCAGCAGCGGACGUGCUCUGUGCCUCAGGUAGAUGUUGGACCACCACCAGGCUGACAGGUCCAAGAAACAUUCCUGAAUGUCACUGAAACUGGAGAGAAGCAGCUCUGAGGGAAUUCCUUUAGAAACAAAAAUUUCACAGUCACCUCACGCUCUGACCGAGAGGAAGGGAGAGGGGAUAAUGAAGCAAGGUGUUCAUGAGUCCACAGCUGCGACUUUUGCUAAGAAAAAUACAAAAAAUCGGGUUGAAGAGAAAGAGAUUUGACUGAAAUUCUGGGUCAACAAGGCAACAUUUUUAUCUGCCUGUUUCUGUACGAGACAGCAGUUUUAAUAAAGUAUUUUGACGGUAAAAUAAUCCGUAUAAUAGGAUUAAAUUGUAGUUGUUGCUAUUGAACUUAAGCCAAUGAAGAAUUGAUAUUCUUCUACAAAAAAAACCCAUAAUACACGAUGUCACAUUUUUCUAAAAGUAGAAAAAUCGGAGGUACUUGUUUCUUGGAGCCAUUUCAAGUCCAGAUCUUCGGACUGAAACAACUCGGAUCGGUUUAAUCUGAUCAAAUUAACUCAUUACGUGGAUUCAGCCCUUAAGAUCUUAAUCCAACCCGUCCCCAACAGGAUAACUUGUGUCGGUGGAUUAAAAGAAAUCACCUUGUAACAUCUGCAGAAUGUACAGAACGGGUUUUCUUUUACAGUUUAUAAACGCAUUUUAGUGAUAUUUUCAAAAUCAUAAUUACAGCUAAUGGAGAGGAAAAAGAAAAUAAGAGAUAAGAGAAGUAUUCUUCUGGUUAAAUUCUACGGAAGCAUAUUGCAGUCACCAAAAAAAAGGCCCUGUAUUUCAGAGUAAGUUUCUUUUUUUGACUAAUUUUUCUGUUUUUCUGACUUUUUUUUUCAGACUAAUUGUUUUUCCUUUUCUGUGGGAUCAUGAUCAUUUUACACUUUCAUCAGAUGCUUCUAUCCCCUUCUGCUCAUUUAGUCAGGGAAAAAAUAGUCUGAAAAACAAACAAAAAAAAUUUACCAAAAAAUAAAAGUAAAAAUGUCCAAAAAACUGAGAGACAGGAAAAAAAACGUUACCAAAAAAGAAAAAAAGUUUGAAAAACAGAAAGACUAAAGAAAAAAAAAACUGUUACCAAAAAAUAGUAAUAAAAACAAAAAGACAAAAAAAAUGUUGCCAAAAAAAAUUCAUAAAAACAGAAAAAAAAGUUACCAAAAAAACAGUCAUAAAAACAGAAAGACAAAAAAUAUUGUUACCAUAAAAGAAAAAUAGUUAAAAAAACAGAAAGAAGAAACAAUUAUGAUACCAUAAAAAAAUCAUAGUCUAAAAAACAGAAAGCAAAAACAAGCAACAUUCUUUCUGUCUGUUUUUUCGUCUCUCCGUGCAGGUAUGGGUCCGAUCUACAUGAACGAGGUGAAGUGUCUGGGUGUGGAGAAGUCUAUCUGGAACUGCCCGUUUAAAAACAUCACGUCAGAGGACUGUCAGCACAUGGAGGACGCUGCUGUCCGCUGCAACAUACCCUACAUGGGACUGGAGAACAUGGUCAGAGCUUCACUUUCUUUCUGACAUGAUUUUCAUAUUUAUUUCUUCUAAGCUUUGAAAAGUCAGAAAGUUGCAUCAGAAAAUUAUGUCAAUGAAAUAUGAAAUUGUUGUUUAUUGUAACACUUCUGCUUCGAUAAAGAAGAACUUGCCGUGUGUUGUAUAAUGUGUACAGUAGCGUAGAGUUCUGCUGCUCUUGAGGUCUUUUGUUUACCCUCGCCUUUUAGAUUUAGAGCUGUUACUCACUCAACACUCUUUCACUGCUGUCCAAAAAAAGGAGGUUACAUUUGUAAAAUACUGAUUCAGCUUAUUUACAGUUUUACUCCUGGAAAGAAAUACAAAGUUAAAUUUUCUCUGAACAGCUCCUGUUUCUUUUUUGACAGCAGUGACUUCCUUUUAACUCAGAGUAUUCCUGGUCGUACGUUUGUAUUUACCAGAUCGUACUCUUCCUCAUUUCACUUAGAUACUCAGAGAGGCCCGGCCGUGUGGAAUAAAAACUCUGCCAUCUUAUAGACGUAUAAGAUUAUGCGAAUUUGAAACCAUGACUAAAACCAGCAGAGUUUUUGUCCCGCCUGCUCCUCGUGUAUCUACACUCUUCUCUUCCCUCUAACCCAUCGGCCUCACACAGAUCCGAAUCACAGGCGGUCGGACUCGUUCUGAGGGUCGUGUGGAGGUUCUGAGCACAGACUCCAAUGGGACUCAGAGCUGGGGUCUGAUCUGUGGAGAGACCUGGACCACCAAGGAGGCCAUGGUGGCCUGCAGGCAGCUGGGGAUGAACUACGCUAACCAGGCGGUGAAAGUAGGUUAUUAACACCGAAGAGAGCUGGGGACGGGGAUCAGAGAACAUCAAUAACAAUAUCAAUAUCAAUAUCUGAGCUGAUCAAUUCUGCUAACGAUUCCUGUUAGAUGAUCUCAAGCUGAAACAUGGAAACUUUAAUCAUCUGGUCUUCUCACCAAAUGAAUUAGCAGUGGACUUGAUUAGCACUCAGAUGUUAAAAGGGCUUCUUGAUUGUGUCAGUAUUAAAGGGAUAUUCCGGCGUAAAUUGAAGUUAUGGUCAAACGCAACCAAAACACCACUCUAUAGCCACAAAUAAUGCUCAGAACAGCACCUAACUUCAUCAACAGGACAUAUAGGGUCACAGCCAUAGUACUAGACACCAAACAUCUCUUUAAAUUUGCCUGAAUUCUUUAGCAAAGAGACUAAACACAACUCACCUACUCUCUUCCAGCAGCCACUUGUUUGUAGUGAGACCUCGGGCCAGUCUGUUACGGACUACAGCGGGGUGCCGCAGCUCAAGAAAGAACAUUUAUGAUCAUUUCUUCAUGGAAAUACAAUCAGACUGAGGCGCUAAGGUAGAAGAACUACUGUCUGCAGUGAAAAAUGAUUAAUAUGAUGAUUAUUACUUCAAGGAAAUGAUAAAGAAAUGAUCAUAAAUGUUCUUCCUUGAGCUGUGUCACCCCGCUGUACUCAGUAAUGGACUGGCCUGAGGUCUGCUACAAACAAGCGUGUGUUUAUGGCUCCUCAGACCGCUGUGUAUUGCUAUCAUGUGGUCGUUACUAAAGUUGGUAAAACUAGAGAAGCAAGUGGUCGGCAACAUCUCUCGAGGGGGUGUCUAACUCUGUGUUAUGUUGUGUUUGAACCUAAAUUAAUUUUACGCCGGAAUAUCCCUUUAAUGAGAAUUUCUGAUCCCCAUCCCUUACAGGGUUUACUCUCUUGUUAAGUAGAUCUUUCUUUAACAUCUGGUGUCUUUUUUCUACAUUUAACCCAUGAACCUACAACGUACUGUCUGAAACACUCAGAACCAGGAUCUUUAAAAACACAAGAUCUGUUUUUGUGGUCCCUGCACUUCCAGACCUCCACCAUCGCUACAGUCUGGUGCAUAUAUUAAUGUCCUGACAGUACAUUAUAGGUUCCAUAUGGAGUGUUACUUCUCUCCCUUCAUGGAGAAACACAAUACUGUUUCUGGUUUCUUCUAUGUGGGCACACCAAAGCAGACACAUGAAGUUUCUAAUCACUCUAAAAAAGUACUCACCACUGACGCCAAGUGGUGACCUCAUCCGGAAACCACGUAGAUAUUUUCCACUUCUAGAAAAGUCUAACUAAACUACUGCUUAAACAAAACGACCUCCUCCGCCGCCGUAAGACUGAGCAGGAAGGACGAUAGUUUGAGACCAGACAGUUGAGAGAAAGGACAGGAAGUGUGUCCCCUCACUGACUCCCUGCAGGACGUUUCUGCAGAUCCGGAUAGCGGGCGGCCGGACCAAUUAUGAGGGCCGGGUGGAGGUUCAGGUGGGGUCCAAGUGGGGCACAGUGUGCAGCACAGGCUGGACCACAAAGGAAGCCAUGGUGGUUUGCAGGCAGCUAGGGCUCGGCUACUCCAUGCAUGCCAUCACUGUAAGUACAGGAGCAAAGAGGUUAGGUAUGACUUCAUUCAAGUUUAAAGUAGCUCUAAAACUCUCCCAUAUAAGUGGAAAAACAACUGUUGGUAAGAUGUGCGAUUUUAUUUUUUACAGCAAAGAUCAUCACAGGACUGUUUUAAUUUUUCCUUGGACUGAUAAGAAGUUUUGACAGAAUUUGCAGCAAAAUAUAAACAUUUCUUCGACUGUCCUCAAGGCUCCAGCAUAGGGCUGGGCGAUAUGGCCUCAAAUCAAGAUCAUGAUAUAUUGAGCAGAUCAACUCGAUAAUGAUAGGUGGAUGAUAACUACUCCACAAGCUGCUCACCCCCUCCCACAUUAACUUCGUCUACUUCAGCCGCUACAACUUUUGAACCGUCCUCCAUCUCCUCUCCUGUCUUUCCCUCUUUGAUACGGACUGGAUGGGGUGGAGUCAAGUCUCUGAUGUAGGACAGCGUCUUAAAGGGACAUGAGACCAUAGCCUACCUACACACAUUUAUUUUUUUGACACCAAAUAUAUUGACAUGGACAAAAUUACAUCGGUUAUUGUCAGAACAUUUCGGUAUCGGUAGAUUUUUGGUUAAUCUCCCAGCCCUACUCCAGCUUUUUUUUGUCCAGAAGCGUCUCCACAUCCCUUCCAACUCCUGAAUCUCAGCUGUUGAUGUUGAGUUUCAAAGCUGUAAUCUGAAGGGAAAACUAGAAAUUUGCUUGUAUUGACACCCACAGAACAAAACAGACCAAAGUUACAGGGUAGGACUCACUCAGUUAUCCUGCGGCUUCUUGCUAAUGUGGUAAAUCACCGAGUGAAGCAGGAGAAAAUUGGCACGUAGGCAUAGAGAAAGUGGACACAGGAAAACUUACAUAGCUGUAAUUUAUCUAAAAAGGAUGACUUAGCAGAGUGUAUUUGUGGAGUUUGAGAGAGAUGAACACUUUACUUAAGCUGCUGGAUUUUAAAUGAUAACCCUACAAAUAUCUUCAAACUUUCAUGAUCCGAGAAAAACUGCAAUAUUCUUAAAUGAUUUAGUAUAAAACUCCAGUCAGUAAUCCCAUUGUUGAACCCCUCAGUAUCUGCACAAAGGAUUGAUCAUAACCUCAGUAUCACACUGUGUCCUCAGCGAGCAGCCAAACAUGACUCAUGAACAUCUGUUUCUGACUGCAGCAGCUUCUCUGCAGCUCCACGUUUCAGCGAGUCUCUCCUGAUCGAUGCGCUCUUUUUGUUUGGUGUGUUUGUCGCUGUCUUGACCCGCUUUAAGGAGACCUGGUACUGGGACAGCAGCAAUGUGACCGAGAUGGUGAUGAGCGGAGUGAAGUGCACGGGGAACGAGAUGUCUCUGAGUCAGUGUCAGCAUCACAAAACAGUCACCUGCCAGAAGUCUGCGGCCAAGUUUGCAGCCGGGGUGAUCUGCUCUGACAGUGAGUGACAGAGACAGAGAUGAUUUGAUUAUCUGGUUAAAUACAUCAAUAAUCUGUCCUGAUUUAACACAAACAAACAGUCAAGUGUAAUCCUGUUUUUUUUCCUUGCUCCCAGCUGCCUCUGACCUGGUCCUGAACGCCCCUCUGGUCCAGCAGACAGUCUAUAUCGAGGAUCGCCCUCUACACAUGCUCUACUGCGCUGCAGAGGAGGACUGCCUGUCAAAAUCCGCAGCCAAAGCCAACUGGCCCUACGGACACCGCCGCCUCCUCCGCUUCUCCUCACAGAUCCACAACAUCGGCCGCGCUGACUUCAAACCGAAGGCCGGGCGGCACUCCUGGGUCUGGCACGCCUGUCACGGGUAAAACCGUCUGAAUCUCAGUCAGAGGACGCUGUUCCCUCCAGGAUGUUUUAGAUAAGAUUUUUGACAACGUGUCUCUGUGUUCUUCAGCCACUACCACAGCAUGGACAUUUUCACCCACUAUGAUCUGCUGAACUCAAACGGCACCAAAGUGGCAGAAGGACACAAAGCCAGUUUCUGUCUGGAGGACACAGAUUGUCAAGAGGGUGAGUGUGAGGAGUCGGAUUCAGGGAUUAUUUUCACUCAGUUAAAAACAAGAAAUCAAACUAGCUGCUUGUAUUUAAUGUCAGAACUGUCCCUGAAUUAAAGAAUUAGAGUAUUACAAAGUUAUUCGAAAUUCCAGUUUUAGGAGUCAUCCACAAGAAUGAAGUGGUUUGAGCCGAUCAUUUGACACACCAACUAGGGGUGUCCCGAUACAACUUUUUUACUUCCGAUAUGGUACCGAUAUUGGUCUGAUAUUAGCACAAACUUGCAAAUGACUUUUUCGGACUUGAACUAAAAAUACUUCCACAAGGCCGAUAUCACUCCUACUCCUUGCUGCUUUGUUUUUACCUUAGUACACACUGUUGUUGUGAUCAUGUGGGCUCUACAUGCUUAAUCCGGGCGCUGCUAGCUAGAGGUGUCGGAGCGGAGUCUGGAAUGGACUGCUUGUAUCGGAGUGCUGAUAUCGGAGGUUUUAGAUGCAGGACGAUAUAAUCCGAUACGUGUUUUUUGGCUGAUAUCGGACCGAGAUCCGAUAUCAGUAUCAUAUCAGAACAGCCCUACCACAAACUCUUGCUUUUUUCUCUCAGGUGUUUCGAAGAGGUACGAGUGUGCAAACUUCGGUGAUCAGGGCAUCACUGUAGGCUGCUGGGAUUUAUACCGCCACGACAUCGACUGCCAGUGGAUCGACAUCACAGACGUCAAACCUGGAAACUACAUUUUACAGGUGAGCUUUUGUUGCAAAGGUUCUUCCUUCCCUUUUUAAUUUCUCUGACGCCCUCAUGUUGUUCUCUCGCCUUGUACUUUUCUUAGAUCGUGAUAAACCCAAAUUACGAGGUGGCAGAGAGCGACUUCACAAACAACGCCAUGAAAUGCAACUGCAAAUAUGACGGCCAUCGAAUCUGGCUCCAUAACUGCCACACUGGUGAGAAGUCAAAGCAUUCUGUUGCUUCAAGAUGUUCAUUUCAGAUUAUUCUUUACUUUCACUGUAUUUGACGGUAUUUUUACGCUUCUUCCAGGUGAUGCAUUCAGUGAGGAAGCGGAGAGGAGGUUUGAAAAAUACCCCGGACAGCUCAACAACCAGGUUUCUUAAUCAACAUGUUCAGCGACAAAGUGAGACCCAGAUUGUUCGGUUAGAUUAAUGAGAACCACCUCAAAAGCUCAAGAAGUGGCAGAAAAAUCCCCUUUUUUAAAAAAAUGGAUUCCCCUUCAUAUCUCAUGGAAGAAACCAGCGGUGUUGUUCCACCAGUGAAUGUGUUGUUUGUGACUUUUUAUACUUGAAUAUUCAAGUGCGUAAUUUUUUUACUUUUUCAUUUGUAUGUGAGCUUUUUUUUUUAUCACAAGCCAGUCGUACGAUCUGUGUGUGAAGAAUGUACAGCCUUUUAUUGACUGUUUUUGAGUAUUAAAUGAAAAAGGUUUAUACCUCUCUCUUAACCAUCUGCGUGCUACCUGGAGCGAUCUCAUUUUCAAACCGAUGAUCAGGAACAAAUGGAAGUUUUACUGGGUGUUAUGGACAUAUAAGACAGAGAAUCCUGUCUUCCAAAACACCUGAAGACUCCUCAGAGCAACACGACAUUAUCACCUGGAUGAUUCACUCUGGAUUGGACUGUUUAUAAUUAAGUGUUCACAACAUCUCCUCAAAAUAAAAGAAGCUUUUAUCGUCAGUUUUCUGCCGUCAUGUCUCGCUCCGAGUCCUCUCCCCGCCGCCGCCCUCCACUCUUUCUCUGUGAAUGUAUUUAUUGCUAAAAAGGAAAAGAGGUGCUUUGCUCGUGAGCGUUUUGGUCAGUUUGCUUUGUGGUUUUCGAACUUGUUUAAGCUAUCUCUAGCUUUAGUUUGUUUGUUUUUUUAUGUGUAUUCAUGUGUAUAGACAUUUAGGGACCAGAAUACGUGGUUUUUGAGAGAAGAAAAAACAACAAGAAGUCUACAAUAACCCCGAGCGUUGCUGUAUGUACAAGUAUGCUGAUAUAAUCACACCUGCUGCACCAAAUAAAAGGAAAGGAAUAAUG